AUGAAUAUUAUAAUCCUAUCAUUUUUAAUCUUUUUUCUCACUAUUGUCAAUUAUUCUUUUCAACAAAAAUGUAAUCGUGAACGAAUACAUUUAUGGAAUGCUGAACAACGACUUAUAUGUGAUUUACUUGAUAAUUAUCAAGUUAAAUGGGGUCGACCUGUACGAAAUAUGUCCGAAGAUGUUGAAGUACGAUUUGGUUUACAACUUAUUCAUAUAAGUGAUCUUGAUGAAAAAAAUCAAGUAUUAAUUACAAAUCAAUGGCAAAUUUAUGAAUGGAAUGAUGAAGCAUUAACAUGGGAUCCAGAGGAAUAUGGCAACCUUAUUGAUAUACGUUUACCCAUCAAACGUAUUUGGCAACCAGAUGUGACGUUAUACAACUAUGCUGAUACACGUCUCGAAGAAAAACGCGAAGUAUUAGCAACGGUUUUUUCCAAUGGAACAGUUCUAUGGAAGCCAAUGUCAAUUUUUAAGUCGACAUGUCAAAUUGAUAUUCGACGCUUUCCAUAUGAUAAACAAAAUUGUUCGAUGAAAUUUGGUUCAUGGACUUAUGAUAGUUCCAAAGUAAAUUUACAAUUUUAUCGUGAUAUACAUCAAUUUGAUCUUCAUUCAUAUGUUAUAUCCAAUGAAUGGACUAUUACAUAUAAUAAUGCUUCACGUAAUGAAGAAAAAUAUGAUUGCUGUCCGGAAAUUUACGUUGAUUUAAAAUUUAAUAUCACUCUUGAACGACGUGGAGGAUUUUAUAAUUAUAUUUUAAUUUUACCAUGUGUACUUUUAUCAUGUCUUACAUGUAUUCUUUUUUGGUUACCACCUGAAAGUCCAUCAAAAUUAGUACUUGGAAUGAAUAUUUUUACAUCAUUUUUCGUCCUGUUACUUCUUUUAUAUAAAAAUAUGCCAUCGAAUGCAGAACAUAUUCCACGUAUAGGUGCAUAUUAUUGUUUAAAUAUGGGAAUGAUUGCUACAUCGACAUUUUUAUGUACAAUAGUUGUUCAUAUAUAUUUUCGUGGUCAUGGACCAAUGCCAACAAUAUUAAGAAAAAUUUUUCUUGAAUGGCUUGCUCCAUUUUUUCUUAUGGUACCACACACAAAUGCAUAUCAACAACAUGCAGUCAAUGGAUUAGUUCCUCCAAUAAAAGCGACAUGUGAUGGUGAUAAAUUUGAAAAAUUUGAAUUACUUAAAGAACGUUUUAAAUCUGUUGGUGAUAAACGUACAGUAGCAACAACAAAUGAUGAUUCAUUAGAAACAUUAGAAAUGAUGAAUGAUCAUAAUUAUCAACAUCAACAACAACAACAUCACCAUCAUCAUGUGAGUCAAGAAAAUUCUAUAGCACAACAAAUUCAACAACAAAUAUCAGCAUCAAUUACAUUUAUGACUGUUGAAAGUGAUUUAAAAGAAAUUCGAGAUUUUUUACGUACUACAAGAAAACGUAUGGAAGAUAAAGAAGCUAAAGCUAAAACAGUUAAUGAUUGGAAACAAGUUGCACUUGUACUUGAUCGAACAUUCUUUUUUAUUUAUCUUUCCGCAAUUAUUAUCUGUCUUGUUGUUAUGUUUCCUCGAUAA